CUUGUUCUCCCCCCCCCCCUCCUCUCGCUCCAGUCGAGCGUUCAGCUCCCGUCUCUAUUUAUAUCGUAGUCCCUCCCCUCCCCUGUCGCUCGGCAGCUAUUUCCAGCUCUGUGAAGCAGCCCAGUCUGUUUGUAAACGCCGCCGCUCCGCUCUCUCGCUCUCUCUCACAUCUCGCUCUCUCUCACAUCUCUCUCACUCACUCACUCGCUCACCACACACAGCAAGUGGAAGGUGUGGGCAACAGUCUGAAUGACCAGAGGACAGGAAAACCGAGGCUGGUUCGACUCGAGGCUGAACGACUCAACUGGUGUUUGAUAGACUGGAUCGGGACUCGCUCUCGCUCUCUCUCUCUCUCUCUCUCUCUCUCGCUCUCUCUCGCUCUCUCGACACGCAGCCGAUCUCUGGAGUUAGGACGGUCUGAAUCAGAGACCUGCUCCGGACACUCGACGAGACGGCGUGUGAAUUCUAAGCGACGCGAAGGUGCCACACCGAGCAGGCUUUAUUCGGACCAGCCGAGGGAUCAUGGGACUAGCGGACAAACCGAACGACUCGUUACUUUCUCCGUGCGAAUUUACGGGCUAAAGGAGAAACUCUGGCAUCCGGGGAUCCUUUCCUUUCCCUCUCAAAAGCGCCGGCUCUUAAUAUCCCCACACUCAAAUGCUGAUUCGGGUCUCGGACUCUUCUGCGAGUCGUCCUUCGGCGUGUCCGUCGGUUUGUGGGCGGUGCCGCUGCCCGGCAUGCUUUUGAAGCCGACCGUGCCGGGGCUGUGCGCCAUGUUGCAGACCAUCUACGAGACUGAAUCGUGUUUCUCUUCGGACAGCACGGCCGGCACCAACAUGCCCAGCACGGUGGUGGAGGUGAAGAGCUCGCUGCCCUCGGGUAUGCAGAGUCCCGUGGCCGGAGGUGUCAGUGAACAGGGCGGUGGAGGAGGAGGAGGAAACGCCGGAGGUCCGGUGGACUUGCGUACGGAUCCUCGCCUGAGCGCUCUGAGCGUGAUGGACCCGGCACUGAGGGAACAGCAGCUCCAACACGAACUUCUCCUCCUCAAGCAGCAGCAGGAGCUUCAGAAGCAGCUUCUGUUCGCCGAGUUCCAGAAACAACACGAGGUGCUCACACGGCAGCACGAGGUCCAGCUGCAGGAGCACCUCAAGCAGCAGCAGGAGUUGUUGGCAGCGAAGCGUCAGCAGGAGUUGGAGCAGAAGAGGAAGCUGGAGCAGCAGAGGCACGAGGAAAUGGAGAAACAGAGGCUGGAGCAGCAGCUCAUCAUGCUGAGGAACAAGGAGAAGGGCAAAGAGAGUGCCAUCGCCAGCACCGAGGUCAAACUGAAGCUCCAGGAGUUCCUGCUGAGCAAAAAGGAACCCUCCUCUGGCGGGCUCAACCAUUCCUUCCCUCAGAAGUGCUGGGGUGCUCACCACACAUCCAUAGACCAGAGCUCCCCUCCGCAGAGCAACACCCCCGGCACACCCCCUUCUUACAAACUGCCUCCCCUUCUGGGAUCCUACGAGGGCAAAGACGACUUCCCGCUGCGCAAGACAGCAUCGGAGCCCAAUCUGAAGGUUCGUUCGCGGUUAAAACAGAAGGUUGCUGAGAGGAGGAGCAGUCCUUUACUCCGCCGUAAAGACGGCACCGUCAUCAGUACCUUCAAGAAGAGAGCCAUCGAGAUCUCGGUCUCCUCCAUGUGCAGCAGCGCCCCCGGCUCAGGCCCCAGCUCCCCCAACAGCUCCAACAGCGCCAUCGCCGAGAACGGUUCCAGCGGCUCCGUCCCGAAUAUCCACGCCGAGCAGUUGCGUUCCCUGCACCAGUCUCUGAACGCAGACGGAGCGGUGAGCCCGCUGAGUCUGUACACGUCUCCGUCUCUACCCAACAUCUCUCUGGGUCUGCCGGCUAACGCGCACAUCACCGCUCCUCAGAAGCUCGGGGUUCAGCCGGAGGCGGAGCGGCAGGUGCAGGGGGUGCGUCAGGGGGGCGUGUUGGGGAAGUUCGGCAGCGGCUCGUCCGUGUCCGUGUGUCUGGACUCGGAGCCUCCGUCGGCCCCCAACAGCCACAGCAGCCACAACUCCCUACUGCAGCACGUCCUCCUGCUGGAGCAGGCCCGGCAACAGAGCGCGCUGCUCGCAGUGCCCAUGUACGGCCAGUCGCCGUUGGUUACGGGUGAACGGGUGUCGAGCAGCAUGCGGACGGUCAGUAAACUGCCGCGGCACCGUCCUCUGGCCCGCACGCAGUCGGCUCCGUUACCGCAGACCCCCCAGGCGCUGCAGCACCUCGUCAUCCAGCAGCAGCACCAACACUUCCUGGAGAAGCAGAAACACUACCAGCUCAACAAGAUCCUCUCCAAAGGGGCGGAGCUUCCAAGACCACCCCCGACCCACCCCGAAGAGACAGAGGAGGAGCUUACCGAGACGGCGGAGAUGACGGAGGAGUGGGGGGAGGCGCCCGAGCGUGUGAGGGAGGGGCUAAGCAAAGAAAGCUCGGGCGAGACGACGCCCCCUUCCGAGCGGGCGGUCCCGCUGAAAGGCGAGAGCACGGAGAGCGACCUUGAGGAAGAGGAGGACGAAGAUGAAGCCAUCGAGCUGAAGGAGUGCGAUGAAGAGGGCGACCCCUACAGGCAGUUCUCGGAGCAGCAGCACCUGCAGCAGCUGAACGUGUUCCAGGCGUCUCUGUCCAUCACGGGAAUGCCGCACAGGCCUCUGGGAAGAGCGCAGUCGUCCCCCAUCACCUCCAGUCUUAAAGCCACGCCCAUGGGAGAAUUACCCAUCAAGCACCUCUUCACUACAGGUCUGGUGUACGACACGCUCAUGCUGAAGCACCAGUGCAUGUGCGGGAACACACACAUCCACCCGGAGCACGCCGGACGCAUCCAGAGCGUGUGGUCCAGGCUGCAGGAGACGGGACUGCUGGGCCGCUGUGAGAGGAUCCGGGGCAGGAAGGCGACCCUGGAUGAGAUCCAGACGGUGCACUCGGAGUAUCACACCCUGCUGUACGGCACCAGCCCCCUCAACCGCCAGAAACUCGACAGCAAGAAGCUCUUAGGUCCGAUCAGUCAGAAGAUGUACGCCGUGCUGCCGUGUGGAGGGAUUGGGGUGGACAGUGAUACGGUGUGGAAUGAGAUGCACUCUUCCGGAGCCGUGCGCAUGGCCGUGGGCUGCGUCAUCGAGCUCGCCUUUAAAGUAGCGGCUGGAGAACUGAAGAACGGGUUCGCUGUCGUCCGUCCCCCGGGUCACCACGCAGAGGAGUCCACGGCCAUGGGUUUCUGCUUUUUCAACUCGGUGGCUGUUACCGCCAAACUGCUGCAGCAGAAACUGGGCGUGGCCAAAAUCCUCAUCGUAGACUGGGACAUUCACCAUGGUAACGGGACCCAGCAGGCUUUUUACAACGACCCCAACGUGUUGUACAUCUCCCUGCAUCGCUAUGACGACGGGAACUUCUUUCCUGGAAGCGGGGCUCCUGAAGAGGUGGGAGUGGGUCCUGGUGUGGGUUUUAAUGUGAACAUAGCGUGGACGGGUGGAGUUGAUCCUCCUAUGGGUGAUGUGGAGUAUCUCACAGCUUUCAGGACAGUUGUGAUGCCCAUCGCUAACGAGUUCUCCCCUGACGUGGUGCUGGUGUCGGCUGGCUUCGACGCCGUUGAGGGACACCAAUCUCCACUCGGAGGCUACAACGUCACCGCCAAAUGUUUUGGUCACCUGACAAAGCAGUUGAUGAAGUUGGCAGGGGGGCGUGUGGUCCUGGUGCUAGAGGGGGGUCACGACCUCACCGCCAUCUGCGACGCCUCUGAGUCCUGCGUGGCCGCGCUGCUCGGAGACGAGCUGGACCCACUGCCUCAGUCUGUGCUUCAGCAGAAACCGUGUCCGAAAGCAUCAGCGUCCCUCGAGAGAAUCAUCGAGAUCCAGAGUAAACACUGGUCCUCAGUACAGAGAUUAGCGCCCACGGUGUCUCAGUCUCUGCAGGACGCUCAGCGGCGGGAGAAGGACGAAGCGGACACGGUGACGGCCAUGGCGUCUCUCACCGUGGACACGGAGCACACGGCGUCCUCCCCACAGAGCAGCAGCAGGGCUGCCGAGGAGCCGAUGGAGGAGGAGCCCGUGCUGUAGGAGGGGAACACGUCCAGCACGACGCUGUGGCGUCCACACCUGCUCGGCAGCGACGCUCCUUUCCUUCCACGCAGCUCUUUGAUCGGUUCCUUCACUCGUUCUCCAGGUGCUCGAUGGACGCACGCAGAACUCCGCUCCACUCCCACACGAGGAGGAGGAAGAAGAGGAGGAGGAAGAGGACCGGGUGGGCCACCGAACACACGUCCGGCAGCAGGACCCACUUUUUUCGUUUUUCUUUUUUUUUUUAAACUCUUCUAUUUUCCGCUCCUUUCGUGGAACGUGCGCAAAGAGACGACGCUGGGAUGUUGUCAUGGCAAAGGAGCAUAAAGUGGAGAAAAAAAACCCCACAAAAACCUACAUUUCCUGUACGAAAUGCAAAAAGAUUUCAGCGCAGACGCUCAGAUGUGAAGGAGCUCGGAGGUUUUUAACCACGCUGAAACUGACGAUCUUUACGUACAAUUACAAAAGCACACAGACGUGUAUGAAUAUUACACAUGUACCGGUGUAUAUAUGUGUGUGUGUGUGUGUGUGUGUGUGUGUGUGUUUUGUAUUUGUCCGUUUGUGGAGGUGGAACCCGUCACCUUUUUUGGCGCUUGAGGAGGAUGACGUUUCUUUUUUUCUUUUUUUUACUUCUUUUUUUUUUUUUUGAGGAGUCACAUAAAAGUCACAUACACACUGAUUCACGCACAAACACAGAAGAAGAAAGCACACUGAGUGAUUGACUCACUGAAUCACUGACUCACUCAAUCACUGAAAGACUGUCUCAAUGAAUCACUAACUUACUGACUGAAUCAUUAAAUCACUAACCCACUGACUGAAUCACUGACUCGCUGACUGAAUCACUGAUUCACUAACCCUCUGACUGAAACACUAAAUCACUAACCCACUGACUGAAUCACUAAAUCACUGACUGAUUUCACUGAAUCACUGACUGAUUCACUGAAUCACUAACUCACGGACUUAAUCACUGACUGAAACACUAAAUCACUAACCCACUGACUGAAUCACUAACUCACUGACUGAAUCACUGACUCAUCGACUGACUCACUAAUUCACUAACCUGCUGACUGAAUCACAGUGACUCACUAACUGACUCACAGAAUCACUGAGUGAUUCACUUUGUACUGAAUCACUAACUCCCCCACUGAUUCACUGACUCACUAAAUGACUCACGGAAUCACUCUGACUCAUUGAUUCACUGAAUCACUGACCGACUCUCAGACCGAAUUAAAACACAUGGAUGGUUUUGGUUUUUGUUUCACAAGCGAACGUGGGCCGACUUGGUGCCUUUUAUACUACAAUUAAUGUUUGAAACACACACACACACACACACACACACACACACAUCAACCAACUACUGCAUCAGACAUCCAUAGUAACACACCUCUCACGUUGACUUUGUUCAGAAUUUCCUCUCUGCCUUAAUCUCGUCAGGCGAAAGCGCCGAUUUCAGCCAUUUUGUUUUCGGAGCGCUCAGCCCGGACUCCUCCACUCGUUUCCUCUCCUCCUGUCAGAUCAGGGGUCAAAGGUCAGACCUUAAGCCUUGCUACGUUGCGUCGCCCCCGGUGGGGUGCGCGAUCCCAUCGUGACGCUUCUCUGAUUCUUUGAUGACGAUGACGACGACGAUGAUGACGAUGACCAACUCGUGUUGCUUUAGUGUUUUUCGGUCACUUUUCGUCCCUUGUACAUAAAACACGCUCGACUCUUCUCUCUCUUCAGGAAACUUCGGUUUCUCGUUUGUUUUGUUUGUUUGCUUUAUUUUUCUUCUGAAGUUUAAGUGUCUGUGGUCACUUUUAUAUGGAGAUGUUUCUCUUUUUUAUAUGAAAAUCUCACACACACACACACACACACACACACAGAAACAGCUAUCAGUGUUAAUCUGCUCAGUCGAUUUAAAAUAUUAUGUACGGAUAAAAGUGUAAAGUGCUGCGUGCGGAUACACAGUUGGUUUUUAUAUCUAUAUACAAGCAUACAUAUACACACACACACACACACACACACACACACACGAUGAUGUGUAUGUGUCAUGUCGUGUCACUGCGCGAUGAAUGUGGCAUCAGGGUUUUAAGGGCAGGUGUGAUUUUGUUUGUUUGUUUGUUUGUUCCUUAAACACACAACGCAACAGUUACAGACUUUUUCAAAAAAAAAAAGAAAAAAAGUUUUUAUUCUUAAAAACGCAGGCAAUAAGGACAAACACCACUGAGACACUACGACACACCCGUUCUAAUCACAGAGCUUUAUUUCUGCUAUUAUUUUUGCACCAGAUGAAUUUUAUUUUCGUAACGGUUUCUUGUUUUCUAAGUGUUUCUGAGUGAAGCGUGUGUGAUUAUCGACUUGUUUGUUUUUGUUGUAUUUUAAAAUUAUUAUUUUUUUUUUUUUACAGAAGCGUCACGUUUGGGCUGACUUCAGUCCCGUGCGUUUGUUAAGAUCCAGUCCGUUACGACAUGUUCGGGUUUUUUUUUUUUUUAAAUUUAUUUUAUUUUUUCUUCAGUAGAAACUUCUGCCGGUAAUCUUCCAUGUGGGCGGGGCUUAAACUGGCGCAUUUAUUUAUAACGCUAAUAAUUGGAAUAAGUUUAUAACGGGAAACACGAGUUUCGCUUUAGAUCUCGUAACGGUUCUUCGUCGUCCCUCUACGGCGUGUUAGAAAGGGUUCCAGGCGACGCGUUUCUUUUUUUAGGAACCCUUAACUACACAAGGGACCUUUUUUUUUUUUUUUUUUAAAGAACCCUUUUUGUUUCUUCUCUAAGAGCGUACACAACACGACGCCCAUCUGAAGUUUGGGGACAACUUUGCAUUUCUUUCAAAUGUUUUCGACCGAGUUCUUUCCAACAAGCCGAGACAGCACUGUGCACUAACCUGAGCAUUAAAGCACAUAUGUUUAAAAAACAACAACAACAAUAAUAAUAAUAAUAAUAAUAAUGACGAAUGCUACUUAAUUAAAUGAAGCGUUCACGAUGCCUACUGCGUCUCCUCUUUUGCUUUAUUGAUGUAUUUGACGUAUUAACCUGGCUCUAACUGUGGAGUGUGCUGAGAUUCUGAGAGUCACCUCCAAACCAAAUGGUGGACGCUACUUUCUACGUUAGUCUCUUUUUCCCCCCCCGAUAUCUGCGCUAGUGUAGGAGUUCAGCGGUAUUUAAAAAAUCAAAAAAAAGGUCAUUUUUCUCAGGCCAUCUACCUCCCGCUAGUUCCUCCCCAGCAUCGAGUGACUCUGACUCAGUGGAACAACACAAGGCACGAAAUCAGACAUGAGAUGAUGCUGAAAGCUUUACUGAAUAUGGAUUCGUGAGCGUGACGGUAAUGACGCGGAGAAACACAAAACGCCACAAGAUUUAUCGUGUCGAAUAAUGUCUGAUCACACGUACGCUAUCUAAGACAAGAAGCAGACGAGUUGCGCUUUAAACCAGCCGAACGG